AUGUCUUUCAAGGCUCUAUUCACUUUCGCCACUCUCGCUGUAGCGGCCCUCGCUGCUCCUAGCCACACCAAGCGCGCCACAUGCUCGGGCGGCAGGACCACUGCUCAUGCAUCCUGCUGCAUCUGGUUCGACGUUUUGGACGACAUUCAAGAGAACCUCUUUGAUGGUGGCGAGUGCGGUGAGGAAGUCCACGAGUUGACCUUCCACGACGCUAUUGGAUUCUCCCCCAAGCUCUUCCUCCAAGGCAAAUUUGGUGGUCUCGGCGCUGAUGGUUCCAUCAUGGCCCACUCUGAGAUCGAAACCGCCUUCCCCGCCAAUCUCGGUGUCGAUGAGAUUAUUGAAGCUCAAAGGCCGUUUGCCAUCAAGCACAAAGUAUCUUUCGGUGACUUCAUCCAAUUCGCUGGUGCCGUCGGUGUUAGCAACUGCGCUGGUGGUGCUCGCAUUCCUUUCCACGCGGGACGUCUCAACGUCUCUUUGCCCUCGCCAGACCUCCUCGUCCCCGAACCUAGCGACUCUGUUGACACCAUCUUGGCCCGCAUGGGCGAUGCUGGCUUCUCCCCUAACGAAGUAGUUGAUUUGCUCAUCUCUCACACCGUCGCUGCUCAGGACAACGUUGACCCCACUAUUCCCGGAACUCCCUUCGACUCUACUCCCAACAGCUUCGACGCUCAGUUCUUCGUCGAGACUCUCCUCAAGGGAAGCAUCACCCCCGGAAACGGAACUAACCGAGGCCAAUCCCUCUCUCCCAUCCCGGGCGAGUUCCGCCUUACUUCUGACUUCCUUCUUGCCCGCGAUGCCCGCACUGCUUGCGAAUGGCAAUCCUUCAUCACCGACCACGCCUCCAUGGUCUCGAAAUUCGAGAAGGUCAUGGACAAGAUGUCCACUCUAGGCCAAAUCCGAGCUCUCCUCACUGACUGCUCCGACGUUAUUCCUGUGCCCAAGGUCGCCCUCACCAAGACCCCUACCCUCCCAGCUGGGCGCAGCUUGGCUGAUAUUGAGGCCGCAUGCCGCGCCACGCCAUUCCCAGCCCUCACUGCUGACCCUGGCCCAGUUACCACCGUUCCUCCUGUUCCCCCUUCGUAA